AUGGCUUCACCGGAACUGUCAACUCUCAUUGGAACUCAAAAAGCCCCAGAGUGGGUGGAAUCAACUUCUCACUCCCCAGUGGAACCACACUCUAGAGUUCAUUGGUCAACUCUUGUUGCAGUGAUGCUGUUCCGGGAGGUCUUGGAGCGGAGUUUGUGUCGUUCGAUGGAGCGAUUGGUGGAGGUGGAGCAGGAGUACCCUGGAGGGGUGGAAUAUAUUUUUAGCCCUGCCUGCGUGCCCCUGUGGCGAUGCGCUGGUUGCUGUGGAGACGAGAACCUGGAGUGUCACCCCAUCCUCACACGUAACGUCACCAUGCAGUUGAUGAGGAUAACUCCGACUGAGAGGACAGGGCAGUACGUGGAGCUGACGUUUGUGGAGCAUCAGACCUGUGAGUGCAGACACAGGAAGAUGCAUUUGAAUGAGAGCAGUCCCAGAGUCAGGAUCCAUCCCAGGAGGAGGAAGCACAGGAAAAGAUCCAAAGACUGUGGCAAGUAA